UGAACUUCUGAGUUUUCAGUUUCCUAUAAGUUCGUUUUCAACGUUAUAGAAUUGAUAAUUAACAAGUGAUGGUUUUAGCACCAGCUACUAUGAGAUCUCUCUUCCUAACAAUAUCUCCCUUGUUCUUCUUCCUUCUCACGAUUCUUGCAUCCACAGUAACCGAGCCACGUCCAACUCCCAUACUUAGACACGACAACCAAAGCAGCGACCUCUUCUCCGCCAUUUCCGACAUGAGAAGAGAAUCAUACUACGGUUUUGUCACACUUCUCCACAUCCUCAACGACACAGGCUUCUUCAGGAACCAAGAGAUCACUUUCUUGAUGCCAAACGACGAGGAUAUCUCUCAAGCGGACAUGAGUCAAGAGAGUCUUGAGACGUUUAUACUAAGACACACGAUCCCUGCGUGGCUUAUGAUCAACCACAUGCUUCGCUUCCCUAACAAAACUCUUGUCCCUUGUAGCAUCCCUGAUAAAAUGUUCACAAUUACAAAGUCUGGUGGGUCUGGACUUUAUGUGAACAAUGCGAGGAUUGUUUCUCCUAAUAUUUGUCAGAACUCUCGCAUAUCGUGUCAUGGAAUCAGUAAUGUUAUUACGUUCGAUGAAGACUCGUUUCCAAAGGGAAAAUUACCACACAAAAUGUUAUCAUCAAGAAUCACUUCGCCCAGGCACUGAGGGUCUGAGGAGAUGUUCUAAUGUUCUUUUUUU